ACAGAAUUUCACCAGCUUCCUCAACUUCCAAUACAUGACAGCAACCACUGCUAUUAGAUGAAAUAGCACGUUUUUGCCUUUCUAGAGAGCCUUUGCAAUGGAAGCUGUGUCCUUCAUCAAGUCUUUUCCUCCUGUCACGAGGUAUUUUAUCUCUCGAGCCAUGCAGGAUAAUAAAGUCAUGAUGAAGACUAUUCUUCUGGAGCAUACACACUAACAAAGGAUGCUUAGGGUACUUUUCAUACUCACCUUCAUCCAGUCUACUCUGGUACAUGUCAACCUGGUUCCAGGUUGGCACUCGGUGUUUGUUUCAGAACUCAUCCUGAAAUUUCCUCCUCAAAUCUGGAGGAUUUUUACACCCUUUGUCCUGACAGAGCCUAAUAUCUCGUUCAUCUUCGACCUCUAUUUCUUAUAUUUCUACGGGGUCGCCCUCGAAAGGGAUUCUUCUCGCUUCUCUGCACCUGGUGACUUCUUGACAUAUGUGUUCGUUGUAGGCAUUUUCGUCCUGUUCACCGCAGGAUUUUUGAUGAAAGCCCCCAUUCUUUUGCCGGCUCUACUCGUGGCUUUUUCGUACACUUACGGGCAGAUCAACCGGGGUCGGAAGGUGACCUUCAUAGUUCUUCCUAUGCGUGUUGAGGUUGUUCCAUGGGCAACUAUUGCUCUCGCCCCCAUAACCCGUUCGUGGUAUUCCGCUCUCGUCCUGUCUACCGGUCUUGCUGCUGGUCAUUUGUAUGAAUUUUUGACACAGCUCUAUCCGUCUUAUGGUUCGGGUAGGAACUAUAUUACUACACCGGCCUUGGUGAGGGGAUUGUUCCUCUCUUCUUCCAACGGGACUCACGCCACAGCGCCGAAUACCAACAGAGGACAGUCGACGACUCAACAGCCAUCUGGAGGUUGGAGCUCGUCCUUUUCUGGUCGUUGGAAUAGCAGAGGAGCCGGUCGCAGACUAGGUAGUGGUUGAUAGGAGCAGCUAUGAUCUCCGAGAGAUCUUCGAAGGUCAUAAAAUGGUCCCAUUUCAAGAUACUCGAUUUUUUAAGAUGUAACAAUAGUUUAAUACAUCAAUAAUCGUGAUAAUAAUUUGUGAAUGAAUAGAAGGAAAG